AGUUCAACCGGGGUUUCGCAAUGGUCGUAAAAGCGACAGCACACCCCACUUGUCCCGGGCUAAAGACUCAGCGGUUGUAUGAAUGAAGUUCGGCACAGCGUGUCCCGCUUCUGCUCUGCGCCGGCCGGACUCCGGGAGUGACACUUGCUGCCACCGACAGGAUGGAGUGGCUGUGCCAGCGAUGCCAUAAAGAGGCCGUUUUCCACUCGCUCGUUCGGUCGGUGCUGCUCGUGUCUUGUGUGCUCUUGGUCCUGUCCGUGUCCAUCUAUCCCGGGUUGUGGUCCAUCGGCGUCCAGCUUCAUUCGGCCUUCACGGGGAGCUACGUACCGGGCCACCACUCUGUCCUUCUCCUCAACAGUCCCAACGAACAGGCAGCCAGGGACAUUGGCAGGGCGAUCAUGGAGAGGCGGCUGGCAGCCAGUAUUAACAUUCUCUCCAGGACCUCCACAAUGUACUACUGGAAAGGCGAAAUCCAGGAUGCAAGUGAAAUUCUGAUGCUGGUGAAAACAAAGACCUCCAGGAUCCACCAAGUCAUAGAUUAUGUGAGGUCUGUCCACCCCUAUGCAAACCCAGAAGUCCUCAGCUUCCCGGUGGAGGACGGCAGUCUGGCCUACAUGAAGUGGAUGGAUGAAGCCAUUCCAGAUGACUGAUACAUCGUUAAAAUCAAAGCAAACCUCAGCAUGGACUGCAGCCGAACAAGGAAACUGAGCCAUGUUUACAUGCUGUUGUUUGAAGGUUCGGAAAGCACUCUGUUGAACAAAAGUUCAGUACAUGAACAUUUACAUUAUUUGUUGCUCUGACCCUUUCACUGUAAAUUCCACAAUGUACUGUGGAGAUUUGAUUUCAGUCCUUCAAAGAGCUUUAUACCAAAGCCACAGGAAAUACUUGUUUCUGAUUGAUUGCCAGCUGUCACUUAAAAUCGUAUAACGGGACAAGUGAAGCAUAGUUCCAGUCGACCGCUACAGUACAUUAUCAGUUCAUUAUCACCGGUAAAACUGACGCGGAUUAAACUGGAUUAAACUGACCACAAGCUAACUUUUAAAAGUGAAUGAAAAACGGUAUUACGCAGUUCUUUUUCUCCACCUCACCACCAUCAUUGCUUAUAUGCACUUCUUAUACAGGUAAGACUAUCCUCUAAUAGCAGUCAUCCUUAUUUGUGUAUUGAGUAUUUGCAUUUGAUGAGACAUGAUCUCUAUUUCCUUUUUUUUAUGCACUUACUUAAGAGGACAUCACUCUUCCUUGAGCUUUAACAUGGUAAUUGUCUCUACUUGAACACACUGAAGGCAUACCGAAGACUAUACUAUACUGAUAACUAUAGUACUAGGGUUUAUCAUAGUCAUGUACUGCCUGUUACUGAACAUAACAUUGCCCACACAUACAUAUUACCUUACGCUUAUAAGAACUAUAGUUAGUGUUACGAAUUCUUAAAAACGCUGAGUCCUAACGAAAAGAAACCUGAUCAGCAACGCUCAGAAGAACAGCAUGCCAGAGCAAUCAGUACUUGAUUUGUCAGGCUGUAGAAGAGGGACACAAACACCUGUGCACAUGUGGUGUUAAAAUUUCCUUUAUCGGUGUGAAGGAUGCAGUUAGUGACGCUGAACCGUUUGCCUUGUGAAUUGUUUGUACAAGUAAAACUAAAAGGGCAAUAAUGCUGAAUUUCAGGCAUGUUCUGCUCCAGGUUAGCUCAGCUUAUACUAAUAAAACAUUUACGAGCAUUGUGUAUAACCUCAAAUAAAGCUACACACAACUACUGUGGAUAAAUUAACAAACAGAUAUGACUGACAUUACUUUGCAUUAUUGAACAUCUUGACCAUUCUAGGACCUCUGUUUCCCUUCACCUCCUGUGUCUCUUACAUGUAUGGCCAAGAGCUAUUGUUCGGUUUGAAUAUAAAAGAACUGCUGCUGAUCAGAGCACGUCUCCCUUGGAUAACACUUCCUUGAUCUCCCCAGGAAUAGUCUUGCCAAAUAAAAGCCAAGUUAAGUAUCAAAAACAAACUAAUCAGGUGUCAGUAACACUUGCGCAGUGAGCAACUUGAGCAAUUCGAUUCAUGUUUGCUUUAACAAAUAUGAUUUGGACAUAUGGCACAUGACCAAAGAUGUAGCACAUCAGUUUCCCAGCACGAUUAUUAUGAUGUGCCGCUAAAUGUUCUGUUCAUUUUCAGAAAGAGCAUCGAUGUUGUUAGAGACAACAAGUCUUCUAGGUAUACCAUGUCAUACUGGUGGUCAUAGAGAACUCGUCAGCCAUGCAUGCUUACCUCAUUAAACAAAAAUACGCGCUAAGCCUCAGUCUGCAGAAAGAGUUUCCGGCAUGAGGCCCCAACAAAGAAACUGCAGACAUAGUUUAGUUGGGUGUUGUGUCAUGUGGAGCCAAAAUAAUCCUCCCCAUCAGGUACAGAGGUCAGGCCAUUUGGUGGCUCUGUGUGUGUGUGUGUGUGUGUGUGUGUGUGUGUGUGUGU